UGUGUCAAACGCGUGAUCUUUUGUUAAAUAAAUAAUCCGCGUGUUCUUGCAGCCACACCGAUGUUCGCCUCGAGGGGCACAUGGCACAAACAGAGUCGCAGCAGUUUCGAACGGGAAACGGCAUUUGCGCAAGUUCGGGCUUUCCUCUCUUCGGCGUCGCGGCGCGAUUCAGUUUCGCGCGAGCUUGCAACGACGGAGGACGCUUUAACGGCCGGUGAAAGGUUUCGGAACUUUGCGAAGAGGCGCAAAAGGGUGCGAAACUAUCGGACGACUCAUGAUAACGCAGAUGAAGGACUUUGCGAAAAAUACCGGCGAUAUGUCUCCCUAUGACAGGCCGUGCGAAGCGCAUUUGCCGACGAUAACGAGGAUCGUAGGGGUGUGCACCGCUAUUGUUGUGUGCGGCGUCGGCUCGGAUGUGGCGUACCAUCGACACGUCAUGGGGCUUUACGUUACGGCGGCAUCGGGUGUAAUCUUCUUCCUCGAGAUAACUUGGGCCAUCACGAUGUUCGUACAGGUCUGCGUCAGGAACGAGGAUUCUCUCUGCACGCGUUGCUGGUCCAGUGUUUUGUCGGCCACGCGUGGCUGGCGAAGAGCAUUGUUUUACCUACCGUUGUCCUGCCUCUUGGCGUGGCGACCCAAUAAACUCUGGCUAUCCUAUGUCGCGGCCGGUCUGUUGGCGGUGCUGUCCCUAUUGCAUAUUGCAUCAAGCGCGCUAGGACGACGAGAUGCUUGCCAAUCGAGCGCCGGCGCCGAUUCGGUAGGUGAGAGCCUCUUGAAUUCCAGGCAGGAGAAUUACGAUCGUUUCGAGGAAGUUCUGGUGACGGAGGUUCUCGAUGACGGCAUGUCAGGACCAGGCCGUUGUCCCGGGGACAGCGAUGGCGAGAUAUGACACGAGCGACGGUCCUCCUGGGCCAGCGAAUCCGACGAGGAUAGCGAGCUUGAACAGAGGACCUGUCAGAUCGCCACGCUGUCUUAGUCCUUGAUGGAUCAGAGGAAUCCUCGACUCGAUCUCGUCGCAUAUCAAGAAAAGCUAGUUGAUUCUGUUUGCGGCAAGAACGAACGUGGGAAAUGCGCGAGGCCUUCUAGAAUUGUGUAAAUGGAGGAAGUGUCACAAGCGAGUCAUUGCAGAAGAUUCUCUUUGAAAUCUGAGAACAAAGAUAAUAUGUGUGCGUGCGUGCGUGCGUGUGUGUGUGCGUGCGUGCGUGCGUGCGUGCGUGCGUGCGUGCGUGUGUGUGUGUGUGUGUGUGUGUGUGUGUGUGUGUGUGUGUGUGUGUGUGUGAGAGAGAGAGAUUAAAUUUAUUGAUUUAUUUAAUUUUAUAAAUUUUUGAAAAAGGAAGAACGAUGCGAGAUACUGCAUCUCCGCAUAUGCGCGUGAAAAAAAAUGAAUGUACGCGAAUAUUUUUCUCAAAUAGAUACUUGUUAGUUACAUAUAAUUUUCUAUACGUUACUUCUUUUAGGAAAGAAUAGGUAUAAAUGUAUAAUAACAUAAUUGUAUGACACGUACAAAACAGCCGUAAAAUUUCAUUAUUAAGCGUCUAUUCGAUACGCUAUUAAAUAUGUCAACAUAUAAAAUUGCUAAUAAAUACUUUCUAAAAGCCUCCUA